ACGGGGCAGGGCGAGCGGAGGCGGCGGCGGCGGCGGCGGCGCGGCCCAGGCCGGCGGCGCUGGGAAAAUGGCGGUGCGGAAGAAGGAUGGCGGCCCCAACGUCAAGUACUACGAGGCCUCGGACACCGUUAGCCAGUUCGACAGCGCGCGCAUCUGGCUCAGCAAGAACUACAAGAAGGUAGCGGCCUUGCCGCCCAGGGCCCGGGCCUCCUGCCUCGGCUCCGCGGGAGGAGGGCGAGGCGGGGGCGCCCGUCCUCCGCCUCGGCGGCUCCCCCCCGCUCCCUCCUCGGGACCCCGCCGCGCGCGCCCGGGCUGCUCCCCAUAAGCGAGCAGGGGCUGGGGGGUUGUGGGGGGUCGCGCGGCGCUGCGGGACCAGAAGGGAUGGGAGCGGGCGGGCAGGAGAGGGGCAGCGCGCCCCCUCUUUUCCCAUAGGGAGCGGGGAUCCCAGCGACCCCACCCCGCCCCCCCGGGAGGGUCUCUCCGGCCGCGAUCCCGCUCCGCCCUCCUCCGCCGGAGACGGCGCCUGGCAGGGCAAGGGGACCCCAUUUGGGCAUCCCAUUGUUGUUUCCCUCCAGGCCGCCCAGGGGUGCCGACUCCCUGCUCUGACCUCUGGGCGUCUUGUCACCUGCUGCCUCGUGCGGGGGGGGGGCGCCCCCAUUGUCCCUUGAAGCAUUUCUCCCUAAUUUGAUCCAAGUGGAUUUCUCCCAGCCGAGUCCCUGAAAGUUUCAUUCACUGACAUAUUAACUGACCUCCCCCACCCGCUUCUUCUUCUUCUUCUUCUUCCAAAUGGUUCACCCUCCCUCCUGAAGCAAUCCCCAGUUGACUUCAAUAAAUGAUCUCCCACCUGCUGAAACUGUGCUCUUUGACUUGCUUCCUGCCCUGUUAUAUUUCUGUAUUAGUCUUCUGGAAACGGGGUGCGGUGCACUGUAGUGGUUUUCUUUCCUACCUCCAGGAGAGCUGUUCAGCUGCCCCUUAAUCUGGGGGGUACUUUGCUUUGCUUUUUCAGUUUAUCUGAUUCCUGUCAGCAGAAAAUGGAAACGCUUUUGUGUGUUGCAGUUUACCUCUCUGCCUCUUCCUUUCAUUAAGUCUGCAACAAGAGACUCCUCUCCCCAGAUUACUGAGGCUAUUUGCAUGUUAGAUCCCCUACUCCUUUCAGCUUUCCUCUGUGGUCCUCUGAUCAGCCGAAGGCCCAGAAGCUGAAAUGAAUGUUGAUGGAAUCUCCUCUCCAACACACACACAUGUAAUAUGUGUGGAUGGGCAAUUUGAGGACACGUGCAACCUUCUGGGAUGAAGGCACGUGGAAGACUGCCUGGUAGUUUCUGCCUGGGUCUCUGCUGUUUGACAGUUGUAUCCUUUCUAGCAAGCAGCAUGGGUCUUGGUUCCCAUGCUGUUUACCUUUGACCUUCCGAGUGAGAAUGUCUGAGUCACCAGACAGCUUUCUGUGUUUGGAGUGACAGAUUGUGACCUGAUGUUCACCACUUCCCUGCAAGUUCAACACUUGCCAGCCCUCAUGUCAUUUGCAACAACUCAAGGAGCGGCAUUAAAUGGAUUCUCAUUCUAACUCCCAUAAUUUUACUAGCGCUAGCAAUGUGGAACUUUUAAAAAAUGCUGUCUUUAAAUGUAGCUGGAAUGAUCCAUGCAUGAAACUUUGUUUGCAUACUUGGCUGGUACUUGCACACCAGGCAAAUCAAGGAGGCCUGAGCUUCUGUUGUGUAGGGGAGAAGUUUAGCAAGGGUGGGGUGGGGACCCCCUCAUCCCUUUUGUGGUCAGUUCACUGCUUCACAGUCUGCUGUUACACACAGUUAAAUGGACCUGUGUAUUAGUUAAUGCAUGGCAAAGUCACAAAGCCCAGCGCUUAAAGAAAUGUGAUGGACCUGUGUUGAUAAUGCUUCGUGUAUUUGCGAGAAAGAGUUAUAGUUAUAAAUAUUGUUAUUUAUAAGGUAUAAAAAGUAUUCACAGGAAGUAUGCUUUAAAGCUUUAACACAUAGCUGUCAACGUUUCCCUUUUUUAAAGGGAAAUUCCCUUAUUCCGAAUAGGAUUCCUUGCAAGAAAAGGGAAAAGUUGACAGCUAUGCUUUAACAGAUUUGACUGCAAUCCUAGCUACACUUACCCGGGAGUAUCUUGGAAUACAGUGAGACUUAUGUCUGAAUAAUUGCAUUGCUGAUAUUGAGUAUGUCCAGACUUUUGCUGAGACUCUUGUCCCAAAAUUUGAAAUGGGGUCCCUGCUGUUUGCUGAGGGAGAGAGAGAAAAUAUAUUCUUCUCCCUCCCACCCCACAUUUCCCCAACAAAUGUGCAGAGGAUGCAAGCUAAAAAGAAUAGGGCAAUAGACAUGGCAAUUAAGAGGGAACAUAUUCUGAAUGCACACGGUUACACCAAAGCACCAUGGCACAUAGAUGUUUCUGCAAUGUUCACACACCAUUUGUUCCAUAAAACUUUGUUGAUAGUAAUUUCAAAUGGCAUAGUUAUCUCUUACGUGCUGGGUAGUGUUCUCAGCGUUGAGACUUCAACAAACCUAUUUUCUUGGGAACACAACUUUGGAGAUGUGAAAUGUUUGCAAGUAAAACUAUGAAUCAGGUCACAUCAGUGGUAGUUGUAUCAUACGAAAUCUGGAACAGUGAUGGGGGGGGGUCUCUACAAGAGUAUUGUGAUUUUUUUUAUGCCUGCAGCAGACUACAGAAUGAUUUAAGAAUAUAGUUGAUGAUACUCUCAUCUGUGUGCCACCUGAGUUGAUAUGAAAUGUGAAGUCUGCAGUGCUCUGCAGCUGAAAGUCUCAUUGCCCACACAUGAAAAUGGUUAUUGUGCCAAUUUGAGGCCAUGAUUCUUUGUCUCCAUAGGACCCCUAAAAUGUCCUCAUUAUAUACAGAAUUAAUUGAAAAUAGUCGUUAGGUGUUAGUUCAGUCCUUUGCUAGACAUAAUAUUCUCCUGACAUAAUAUUCAAGAUUUCCCAUUUUGACUGAAAGUUUUUAGAGGCCAGAACCAGCUUUGUUUAGUACCCACAGUUCUUUGGAGAACUCUUGUUGCUUGAGAGUGCUGUCCUGUGCCUAGUGGAUCUUUCUUAUUCCAUAGUAGGAUUGCUUUGUGUGUAGAAUUGGAUCUCUUUAGGUGUGCCAUUUUUUCCUUCUGAAAAAGCAUCUCUUUCAGUGAUACUUGGAAUCCACUUUUCAUCCUAACCUGCAUUGUAAGACACACCUUUAUCUUUAUUUGCUGUAUAUGUCUGUCUGUUUUCCUCUGUUGCCUCUUUCUCUUUUCCUUCUGAAAAACAUAAAGAAAAAAAAUUGGUUGUGUCGCUACCAGUGGUAACUCACUUUAGGUUAGGGCAUGUUGGUCAUCGUAACCCAGUUGCUGAAAAUGAUGAAUACUCAGUCUGUUCUUUGCCAAGGUCUCACAUGUGCUUGAUUGCUGCUUAAAAGAGUGAUCUGGAUAGGAGUCAUCUAAGCCUCGGUCCUUCUUCCCACAGUACAUCCAAGCAGAGCCACCUACCAAUAAGUCGUUGUCCAGCCUAGUAGUACAGCUGCUGCAGUUCCAAGAGGAGGUGUUUGGAAAACAUGUCAGCAAUGCACCACUCACAAAGUUACCGGUGAGUCUCACAGCUGUCUUGGUUCAGGUGUGGUAGAGAAAGAAAAGCGUCUUCCGCAGAGUAGGUUGCUUCUAGAGAGAUCUCCUGUCUGUCUGUCUUGUCUGCCUAAGAACAGUUUAGUCUUCUUAUACAGAAUAAAAUGAUAGGCUGAGGUACUAGAAACUUGCAAAACUUGAACGUUGGAGGGGCAGAGUUAUUUUUAGUGGUUCCUCAUUCAGAAAGCUUAUCACAUUGGACAGAGGACUAGACCAAAUCUUUCUUCCUGAUGUGGUCCUUUACUAUAGCACCUCAGCCUACUAGCUCAUUCUAGUAUGAAACAGUUCUGAGAUUCUGUAACGAUAGCAGGAAUUUGGCACAUAAAAUAGAAGGUUUUCUGGGGCUUAGCUAUUUGCAGAACUCCAUGGUAUUUCCCUGUGUAAGCAUGCAGUUCUGUGUUGUUGGGAUUUUUCAGAAUAUUAUGCUUGGGAGAGACACAUAAUAAGCAGUAAUUAUUGCAUUCCCGGAGAAAACAAUUGUGUCAGGUUUUGAUUCAGGCUGGCACUGACGGAUAUUGCUCUUGCUAUGCUCUUGGUUGUUCUUCUAAGCUUUGGUAGCUUGGAAGUCAGUUUAAUCUUUUUAUGCUGUUUAUACAAAUAGAGAAGGAUAACAUAAAACAUUUACACUGAUAUAGCUUAACAUAAAAACAAAUUAUACUGACUUUAUCUACACCGCCAUACAAAAUUCAGUGCAAAUAUAAUUCAACAUCAUUUUAAAUUUUGAUGGCUUAGAUCUUGUUGCUUUCCAUGACUUCCUUGCAGCAGGGUGAUUAUAAUGUUCCUUUGGUUGGUUCCUGAAGGAUGGGUUCAAAUUUUUAUAUUCCACUUCUUCGGCUUAUUGCAUUGCUAUUCAUCCAAGUCAUGUAUCCGUAACUCAAGUUACUUUGCUGGGCUUUAAUCUCUCUUGCUUGAUAGUCAGUGCUACCCUCUCUGACCAGAGUUCAGUUCUAUACUGUUAGCAUCAGGCACUUUUUCUAAGGUGCUCUGAAUUCUGUUGUUCUCCACCCUAACAGAUGGAGAGCUCAUGAGAUUUUCCAUUAAGAAGGCCGUCUUCUGGAGUAGAUGCAGCUCAUCUAACUCUAACUCUGGCUAUCUCUAUUAUAGAUAAAAUGCUUCUUAGAUUUCAAAGCUGGUGGUGCCCUAUGUCACAUCCUUGCAGCAGCCUAUAAAUUCAAGAGCGAUCAAGGAUGGUAAGCAUUUUUACUUUACUAUUCUCACCACAUUCCAUGAUAGGGUAGAGGUUUUUGGUUGUGUAUUGGUAGGGUAGGAGUUCCUGGCUACGUGCAGAAAUGAAUUGACAGAUUUAGUGCUUGUAAAAGAGGUCAUUUGAAUGCAUCUGAAUGUUGUGAACAACAGUUUCUUCGCCUUCCAUCCAUUUUUUUUCCAGGGAGGAUGGGGUUAUAAAACAAGGACAUUUUAGUUAUUUAAUUAAAUUUAUCUACCUCAUCCUGCUAAAAAAAUAUUCUUGAACUUGACACUCUCCCCUUCAGAGAUUAACAAUGUAAGAAUCUGAAUAUAGUUUGCAAAGCGACAAUGGUACUGAGAUAGUAUCAUUUCACAAGCAAUGUUGUGUGUAAGGGAGCAACUUGCUGUUGUGGAGUCUUUAAUCUGCAUUAUGCACUUAAAGCUGUAUCAUAUGACUUUGAACAGUCAUGGCUUUCCCCAAAGGAUCCUGGGAGCUAUAGUUUGUUAAAGGAUGCUGAGAGCUGUUAGGAGACCAACAUUCCCCCCACCGAGCCACAAUUCCCAGAGUUCCCUGUGAAGAGGGAUUGAUUGUUAAACAAUUCUGAGAACUGUCACUUUGUGAGGAGUCUCAUAAUAAUAACCCCCAGCCCGCUGAGCAAACUACAGCUCCCAGGAUUCUUUGGGGAAGCCAUGAAUAUUUAAAGUUGUAUGAUACUGGUUUAAAUGUGUAGUAUGGAUGUGGCUGCUUGGAGGCAGUGAUAUGAAUGAGGAGUACAGCCUUCAUGUUACCAUUUUUUAUAUGAAUGUAUCUACCCCCCGGGAUGCAUUUGGGUUCACAGUGCUAAAUACUGCUCUAGCUUUAUCAUAAUCCACAUUCAAAUUUUUUAUUGUGUGCACGUUGUGUUAAACGAUAGUUAAUGUUUAAUUGUGUUUAACUAUGCUUUCUUUUGAGUUAGCACCGUCCUGGUAAAUAUACUCUGAAAUCCCAGCUUUGCUCCUCUCGCAAUUCUGACCAUAUUGUGCUGGGAGCGAAAAGCCCUGGGCUCAUGGUUUGCUUCCCCCAAAGAAACAACAAGCAGUAAGCCAAGAAUAAACUUGAGGUAGCCCUCAUGGUCUGUUUGGGGAGGAAUGGACCACAGGCCCAGAUUUCGUUGAUGCAGUAAGCCAAGGCUUGUGGUUUGUUGCUUCUGGCACAGCCAGAAAGUGGGGGAGAAAUGAGGUAGAGAUUAUUGAGCAGCACACUGGCCAUUUGCACUGAACUGUAGUUUAACAUCAACUAUAGUGAGGUGUGAACCAGGCCAGUUGAUUCUGUGGCCCGUUUCCACUCUUCCUCAAAAGUCUAGAUUUGUAAAAUAGAACAUUUAAGAAACGUGAACUCUGAUUUUUAUUAAGGUUGCUCUUUUCUUCCAAUAAGGCGGCGUUUCGAUUUCCAGAAUCCAUCACGGAUGGACCGCAAUGUGGAGAUGUUCAUGACGAUCGAAAAAUCUCUGGUGCAGGUAAGGUGAUUUCUUUCCCUUUCUCUGCCCUUUUAUGGAUUUCUGGCCACCAGGUGCUCAUCUGCACUAUUUAUUUUUCUUCCAGAACAAUUGUCUCUCCCGACCUAACAUCUAUUUGCAUCCAGACGUUGACCCUAAAUUGCAGGCCAAGCUGAAAGACAUUGUGAAACGGCACCAGGUGGGUGAGAUUGCAGAACAGCAUUAGCUGGGUAUCGCAAAAAUUUCCAGAGGGUCAUGCAUAUCUGAAAAUGGCUGAGAUUGUUAUAUGCUUGUUUGCUUGGGAAUUAAGAAUAAUAUAGCAGCACAUCUGCUUGCCUGCCACGAUGCUGUAUGUAAGUUUACAUUUAAAUAAAUUGUCCACAAGGGACCAUUAAAAUAUUAAAAGAAGUAAGUCUCUCCCAUGGAAUGGUACAUGAUAAUUUGGUGACCCCCUUCUACUAAUGAAUUUUUGUAAAGAGGGCAUUUAAAAGUUGGGAAAAUACCCCUGAACAGUAAUGCUCUGAUGGUGUGGGUACUUAAGCAGUUCAGCACUCCUACCAUGCCUGAGAGUUUACAGAGUAAUGCGAAACAAAAGGCUCAAGGAGAGAAUAGUCUAAAUAAGGACAUUGCAGGAGAUAAUCACAAGGAAAGCAAAAGAUGUGUGUGAGCAGUUCCAGUUCCGCAUGCAUAUACAGUGGUACCUCAGGUUACAUACGCUUCAGGUUACAGACACUUCAGGUUACAGACUCCGCUAACCCAGAAAUAUUACCUCGGGUUAAGAACUUUGCUUCAGGAUGAAAACAGAAAUCGUGCUCCGGCGGCACGGUGGCGGCAGCAGGAGGCCCCAUUAGCUAAAGUGGUGCUUCAGGUUAAGAACAGUUUCAGGUUAAGAACGGACCUCCGGAAUGAAUUCAGUACUUAACCCGAGGUACCACUGUAUUUUGUUUUUGUUGGGGAAGAGAACUAAGGGCAUCAUGGGAAAAGUGAGUUUUGUGCGGAAAAGAGGUGCUACCAUGUAGGACUUCCAGGUGGGAGUCCCUAUCAUAAAGAGCUGCAAUGGAGAACAGGUGGCUCAAACCAGUAUAGGCUGACCAAAGAGAAGUAAGGCCUACCCAAACUGCUUACAGGGUGAGAUGCUUUCUCCAAACCUAAGUGGUUUUGGUCCAGUAAUGAGGUUUUAAUAACUGUUUCAACUCUUCAUAAGCAGUUUUGGCCUCUUGCUAGUAUAGCAUGGCAUUGAGGAAGACAGGUUUAAUUGCAUAUAAAUAAACUUUCCCAGAUAGCUUUCACUCUGUAACCUGCCUCAUUAUGAGGCAUACGCUGCUGGAAUUCAGAUGUUCUGGUCUUUAUACACUCUUUUGAUCUCUUUCCAGGGAACAGUAACAGAAGAUAAGAACAAUGCUUCCCAUAUUGUCUUCCCUGUCCCUGGUAGCCUUGAAGAAGGUAAGGUUUCUGUCUAUUUUCAUUCAGUUGUAGAAUUUUAACUUUCAUCUUGCUGGGUGAUCUCUGGUUGUUGCAUGCUUGAUUAUCCCACACUGGGUUGUAGCUAGGCAUGCUGAUAAAACAGUCAGCAAAUUGCAGUGCUACUCGCAUUUUUCCCAGUAGGGGAACGACACGUGUUCAGCUGGAGUGAAAGAGACCACAUUUAAAGCAGCAACAAUAGAAAACAGCUCAUUAGUAAAGGGCGAGGGACUGUUGUGGUGGUGAAGGAAAGCGGAACAUGAUUUACAAAUCAUUUAAAUCUAAAGAAGUAAAAUACCAUAUUUUUCGCUCUAUAAGACGCACUUUUUUCCCUCCUAAAAGGUAAGGGGGAAUGUGUGUGCGUCUUAUGGAGCGAAUGCAGGCUGCGCAGCUAUCGCUGAAGCCAGAACAGCAAGAGGGAGAGAUGCGCAGCGCCUCUUGUUGUGAUGUCUUAGCCUGAUCCUCCCCCCUCCUUCCUCUUCAACAACAUUUGAUUCAGAAUAUUUUUUUUCUUGUUUUCCUCCUCUGAAAACUAGGUGCGUCUUAUAGAGCAAAAAAUACAGUGGUACUCCUAUUUUCUAUAGCACCUUCAGUGUUUAAAAUACUUUAUAGCUUUUACUUUGCAUAUCCCAGAAUGCACCAUUCUUAGGCAGGAUACUUGGUCCCCAUUGCAAUUAUAUUUCUCUUGCUUCCAAUAUUUGUUAGCCAAAUACUCUCCUAUUCUUUCAGGAUAUCUGGGCUGUAUACAGCAGGCAUGACUAACAAGGCUGUAUACAGCAGGCAUAUAAAACAAUCAAUUGAAACAAAGACAUUUUUCAAAAGUUAAACAAUAGAACAAAUUAACAACAUAAACCAAUACUUAAAAUAUUCAGGCAAAUAAGGGUUAUGCCUGGCACAGAAAGUAUUGUUGUGUGGCACCAGUCAUAGGUUGUGGAGAGGAUCUUCCACAACUGGGGCUCCAUCACAAGGAGGCCUCUUUGCAUUACUACAUAAUGUAUCCCCCCUGCCCUGCAAGAAACAAAACAAAAAACCCAACCCCGUAUCUGGAGAAAAGCCCCCACUUAUGAUUUUACAGCACAGGCAGGUUGAGUAAGCUUCCCUAGGGUGGAAAUUGCACAAAUGGGAUACCGCUGCUGCCUCUGCAGAUGACCUAAGCUAAUGCAGGUGCAGCCAUUCUUUUACCCAACUUCCCUUACAGGGGCUCAGAGUAGAUCACUGUAAAAAUGCUGCACAAUACAAAUGGUGUGAAAUAAAGUCUUUCCAGAGUGAAUUAAUACCUUGAUCGUAUUCAUCCAUGUUUACUCUUUCUUGUAGAAGAGUGGGUUCGCCCAAUCAUGAAGAGAGACAAACAGGUCCUCCUGCACUGGGGCUACUACCCUGACAGGUGAGCAGGAGCAGGGUUAGCAUCUGUCCACUGUAACCUUCUCAAUAUAGGUAUAGGAAGCAUGUUUUCCCCUGUGUAUUGGAGUGUGUAUUUGCAGCUGAUGCUACCAGUUUAUAUCCUCUGCUAUUUUUGUUUUCUCCUAGCCACUUCCUGUAAAUUUUCAGAAUGUGACUCUGGCUAAGUUUUUCCUGUUUCUGAAAGUGGGGUAUAGAUGAACUUGUGCCUUAAUUUCCGCACCCAUUCCUUGAAACUGGCUACAUUGUGCAGGAGAGGUUUUGAAUCAACUGCUACCUGCUUUCCUUCAUAGCUAUGACACCUGGAUACCAGCAAGUGAAAUUGAGGCCCCUGUGGAGGACGCACCCACACCAGAGAAACCCCGCAAGGUAAAGGAUUGCCUUUAUUUGAUGUUUGAGUACAAAAAGAACUUGGGAUUGGGUCACUCAAGGCAGCUGUCACAGAAUGUGAGGCUCUGAAUUCAUGUUAUGUCCACUGGGCCAGAGAUAUUGCUUUGAGCCUUUCCUUGUUGCAAUUUUGGAUUGGGAAGUGGUUCAUUUCCCUUCUUGCUUUAAGGUGCUCAGUGAUGGGUUUCUCUUCUCCUCACAUCAAGGUUCAUGGCAAAUGGAUCCUGGACACAGACACUUUCAAUGAGUGGAUGAAUGAAGAAGACUAUGAAGUAAAUGAUGAGAAGAGCCCUGUCUCCCGCAGGAAGAAAAUCUCUGCCAAGACUCUCACUGAUGAGGUACGAUGCUUUUAGAGAACUUCCAUUUCUUUAUAAUACUUUUGGGAUAUCUUGGAUAUACCUAUGUUCUAAUGAGAGAAAAACAUAAGACCGAGAACAAAACCAUCUCUGACCAAAGCAUAUAUAGGAGCAUGAUAUUUCAGACCCACCAUUUCUGUGUCCACUUCUUGUAUAAUUUUGGUCUUCCUCUGGGGCCAGCAACACUUUUUUGAACAUACAAAGUAAGGCUACAGGAUCAGAAUCUCAUAGCGCAGAUUCAUUUAAAGGCAAAAUCAACCUGUGCUGUGAGAUUCCAAUCCUGUAGCCUUGGCUUUGUAUGAUGUUGUGUGUAGUGUGAUCCUGAAUGUUCACACUUGCUCACAAAUGUAAGAAGUGCCUAGCUGGAUCCAACCAAGUUCCAUCUGGACCAGCUUUCAUUGCAAUAAUUCCAAAAGCCGUCAAGUUCUAUAUGGUCCACCCCCUGUGUUCCUGUGUCUUAUACCUGGCUCAUAUUCUGGACAUGGGCCAGCAAGUCAUUGGACUCCUUUGCUCUACCUCAGUUCCUGUGCUCCCCCCCCCCUUUUAAACAAUUAGACACGAUUUCUGUAGGAAGGAGAUCAAGCCACACCUUUUCCCUGCUGUUUUGAUUAUGUGGGGAGUUCUCUCAUAUAAAAAAGCAUCCAAGCUCUCAACUGCCAUCUCCUGUCUAGCAACAGAUGAUGUGAGGCUGCUUGUUGUGUUUUGACACACAAAACAGACUAUUGACUUCCAGUGAACUGAGGUCUCCCAACUGUAAUGGACUUGGUGUAGAAUGUGAGGAACAGAAGCCUGAGAAAUGUCCAUUCACUGUUUCCUCAGCAGAUGCUGAUCAUUGCUCCUUCUGUACAGUUGCCUUAUUUCAUCUCUCUAGGUUAACAGUCCUGACUCAGACCGACGGGAUAAGAAGGGAGGAAACUAUAAGAAAAGGAAGCGUUCUCCCUCUCCUUCACCUACUCCAGAAGCAAAAAAGAAGAAUGCCAAGAAAGGGUGAGGACAAGCUUUUCCUUUUUUUCCCUUUUGGGUUGACUAGAUAUCAGCUAGCUCAGCCUUGAUUUUAUUGGUUCUCUUGUGUCUCCUCCCCCACAAUCCCAUAAAUUACACUGUCUUUAAAGAAAGAUUGGAACUUGAAGUGUUCUGCAGUGAGGCCUCCUAGUACAUUCCUGAGGACACAGAUUAUUGGCAGAUAAUCAGCCCAUCACGUCCACUCCAUUGACUGAUUACACUGCUGACUCCACUUUCUGUAUGCAGCUGUGGAUUUGCCACAUGAGCACAUGACACUUUCACCUAAUUUUCCUUUCUUGAGAAUAAGCAUCAAAGUGCCUUCUUACCAGAAGUGACACUUAAAGCUGGAAGAGAAACCUUUCUCCUUUUGGACAAAAACAUUGAUCAUAGUGUUUGCUGUGCACAACCAAGUCUUUAUGCUGCCCAUACAUGAUGGAGUCCAGGGUGUUUUGCUUGUAUUAGUUUGCUGCAACAAGGCUGAUGGAUCUCUCUCCUUACACCUCCCUCCACAGGCCUUCCACUCCCUACACCAAAUCCAAGCGUGGCCACCGUGAAGAGGAGCAAGAAGACCUCACUAAAGACAUGGAUGAGCCUUCCCCUGUCCCUAAUGUUGAAGAAGUCACACUACCAAAAACAGGUCAGUAUCACAGCUUUUAGACUUGCAUAGCUAUUGUCCUUUCCCGCACUCCAUAUGGGUCCUGGGGUCACUAGGUCAAGAUUGUACUAACCAGUGUCUCCACCAAAAGUAGUGCUGUUUCAUUGCUUUGUGAAUCAGUUUGAUGAAUAAAACAGUCCUCCCCCCAACUCCAUUUCAGUCUCUGUGCCUGUCUGCUCCUUACAGUGCAAUAGAGGAAUAUAUGAAUCUUCCAGGAGGUGCUUCUCUAUGGCAGGGCAGGUGGGAAGAACCUUUGAGAAUUUUCUCUCAGUAAAGCAUUCCUUCCUUGUUCUGUCUUGCAUAGUUAACACCAAGAAAGACUCUGAAUCGGCUCCUGUGAAGGGUGGCACCAUGACUGAUUUGGGUAAGGGGUAUUUUUCCUUUUGUUAUCCCGCUCUUGGUAUGGGAAUAAGUGCAUGUUCUUCAGUGUUUGCUGGAUAUUAGGUAGCAAUAUUAAACCACAACAAAGGCUCAUUGAGUAGCACCCCCCCCACACACACUUUGUUACUGUAAAGAACCACAUGUUGGAGGGCAUGAAAUUCACUUCAUGUGAGUAUUGAAAACUGGUCACCACUGAGUCCCAACUUGCGACUAGUGUCCUGAGAUGCUAUACUAAGGGCUGCUUGAAAGGUGACAUUUUUGUGGCAGGGUUGUAAAAUAAGCUUGCAUUAUGAGUGAAGUCCACAUAGGUGUUUGCUUUGCCCACUUGUAUGCUUCUUUGGAAGAGACUGGCUGUUGGAGCUUCCACAGAAGCAUAAGCUAGGCAGAGUAGACACCUAAGAAGUGGCCUCUGUAGAUCUCUGAAGUAGGUUAAGUAAGCAUGAAUCAGAAAAUCGGUGUACGUAAGCCAAACUGGCAAAUGCAGUAAUAGUAGCAAGUUAUGCCUGAGUAAUUCCAGUAGACCCUAAGAGCUGCCAAAUUGCAACUGUCAACCAGAUGUUCUAGAGAGAGGGUAUAAGAAGCCAAAGGCUUAUUGGCUGGAAUCCAGAGAGCCUCACAGCUUGCUGUCUUAAGCUCAAGGGGGCUUUAGACUUGUUUUCAUCAAACAACCACCUCCCGCGCCAUAUGGCAAAUUGCUUUUGAAACAGUUCAAAAGAAAGUUUUGAUAUGUCAUGGGAGUCAGCUGUUUAAGGAAGAAAGCAAAAAACUCCAUUUACAUGCCUCCUUGUGCGAGCUUAAUUAGCAAUUUGGACUCCAGUCAAUAAAUGUAUUAGUCAUUGUCUGUAUUUAAAAAUACUUGAGGGCAUGUACAGAAUAGAUUAGUGCAUGCAUAUGUAAUAUACACACACAUAUAAAACAGGACAUUCAACUCUUCUGCCACUUCCAGUUUCUGCUGUUUUUACGAAAAGGUUAUAUUUAUAGCCCCAUCUAUGCCAAGUACUCAGAAUGAGCUGCAAUGUUUCAGCCAAGAUUGAUUAAUAUGCUAACAUGUUGUCAAGGGGGCUCACAUUCCGUGUAACAAAUACACGCCCUGGGGAAAAAUGGAAGUUUAAACCAACAACAAUAAUAAAUAAUAAACUUUUAAUAAUAUUUAGAGGGUCAGUGAAAUGCAAAAAAAAAACCUCCUUGCUUUCUGCUCACUAAAAUACCUUUAUAAUCUCCUCCACCCUUGUAAAAUAUGAUAGACACACAUUUAGGUAUCUGCAUGCACAGGAAUCUCAUAAGUACUCAACUCAGUGUAAUACUGUCCUUCCCAACAACUGUAGAAUGAGUACAAAUAGGUCUACAUGACUAAGGUUGCCUUUGCCAUUUUUGCUUUCCAGAUGAGCCAGAAGAUGAGAACAUGGAGACUGCAGGCAAGGUGAGCCAAGUCUGACUCAACUCACAGAGCAAUCCUACCCUUUAAUUAUGGCCUGGGGAUGGGAAGGUGAGGGCUGCCACAAUGAUAGCAGAACGGCCACUGUAUCCUUAGCCUGCAGUGUGUUCAACCUGGGAGAGGAAUGGAAAAACUCACAACCCGAAAAUCCCUAAAUGACAUAAAAAUGGCACGCAUGUUCUGGAAACACCACCAGUGGCAACCAAUCAGGGGCUGUGUUGGUGAUGACGCCCACAUUCCUCCCAGGCAGAGAGGGAGCCAAUGGAACUUGCAUCAACAGGGAUGUGUCCUUAGCACACCCAUUGCAUCACCCCACAGGUAGAAUGCAAGAUGACACCACAGCUUCUGUUUUUGCCUAGUCUGCUGCUCUUUUCCUCCUAAACAGGCUAAUAUUCUGGUUCUUCUUUCCUUGCCCUAGUUUGGCCUGGGCAGAAGUGGACACAAUUCCAUUGCUUCAGUGCUGCAAAGAUAUGGAAGGGCACCUCCUUGGAGGCCUGUGACGGCACCCAUAAUUAUGCUUGUGCCAUAGCACCGUCUGAAACAGCAAAGCACCCUUGAUUCCUCUCUCAUCACCUAGCAGUUUGUCUGUACACCUGCCUACUGUCACCCUCUGAGAAGGACUCAGGUUUUCUGAGUGCUGCAAGAACAAGCAAUUCCAUCCUAGGCUUCUCUUAAAAUGAAGCUUAAGAACAAAAGUCGUAAGAAAACAAUGGGCACUCAGGUUGCCUACUCAGGAGCUUUCUGGUUUCAGGAUGAAGAGGAGAACAAUGCUGGAAACAAAGGGGAGCAGACCAAGAACCCUGACCUCCAUGAAGACAAUGUCACCGAACAGACGCAUCACAUCAUCAUCCCCAGCUACGCAGCCUGGUUUGACUAUAACAGGUGCUUGAGUGGGGACCGGGGAGGGCUUUUCCUCUCAGUACCUCCAUCCUUCCAGCCUGUUCUAACGCUUCCUUUUGAUUCUUCCUCAGUGUCCAUGCUAUUGAGCGGAGAGCCCUCCCAGAAUUUUUCAAUGGCAAAAACAAGUCAAAGACUCCUGAAAUGUAAGAUUGCUGUUAUAAGCAGUAAGAUCUGUUCUGAGAUAGUAAAUGUGGCAACCUUUUUCCUCUGGUAAGAGGAGGGCUGGGGGAAGUCUCCUUAUUUCCUAGUCCAAGGAAUCCCAAACUUUCAUUCAAGUGGUCCAUGUCAUGUCUGUAGAGUUGUAGUUUGAAGCAGGGAGAUGGCACAUCCAUGGCAUUAAAUAUUUAUAUUGAUUUUUACUUGUAUUUUUGUAGCUUCUUUUAUUUCUUAUGUUGCAUGUUAUUGCGCUACAGUUUGAAUUCUGUGGAAUAAUAAAAUGCCAUAUAUAAUAAAUGACAGCAGUAACAAAGUACAAUUAAAAAACAUACAGCAUUUGGCACAGUGCAUUACAAUUGCUACAACGGACAGAAAAACUGUUAAGUGGUCUGCCAAGACCCUCAGCAAUUUUCAAGUCGUCAGUGUAAAAAAAAAGUUAGGGAAACAUUGUACUUGUCCUUUUGUUGGUCUGAAUAAAAGGAAAGGUCCUGAACUGGCCUCUCUAGUAUAUGAGAGAGAAUGGGUCUUAAUAUCAUGGGGAUACUUUACAGGGUGACAUGGGUUAUAAAUAGUGGUUCUGACUGUCAUCUUUUUCUUCCUGCUGCACUUUAGCUACUUGGCAUAUCGCAAUUUCAUGAUUGACACAUACCGGCUCAAUCCACAGGAGUACCUAACCUCGACUGCCUGCCGUCGGAACCUGGCUGGGGAUGUGUGUGCCAUCAUGAGGUAUGCUGAGAAACAGAAUAGCUGAGCAAAGCCAGAAGGAAUGUAUUCAAGACAGAAGCUGCCUCUAGCAUUCUAACUUCCGUACAGCGCUUAGUGCAACAGGAUUUUUCCUCGUUUCUUAGCUCCCAUUGUGUUUAAUAGUAAAAAUUAUUUAAAGGUGAUGAAAACUAAACAUGCCCCGUUGAAGAAGAAACAGAAGUUUUGCUUGAGAGUCUUCUUGUUUGACAAAAUUGAUCUUCCUUGUCUGGCUGUUUGGCAGAUAAUUUGUCCUGGGGUGGGAGUCCAGCUCCUGGUCCUCUUAAAAGCAGAGAAUAGAAUUUGCCACAUGGCUGAGCUUCGGGUCCAACUCUGAUCCUCUCAUGCAGAGUCCACGCCUUCCUGGAACAAUGGGGACUCAUUAAUUACCAAGUGGAUGCAGAGAGCCGGCCGACACCCAUGGGACCACCACCUACAUCUCAUUUCCAUGUUCUGGCUGACACCCCUUCGGGAUUGGUGCCACUGCAGCCCAAAACACCCCAGGUAGCGUGAGAAGAAAUUUAUUCAAUUCAUUUAGGUAUUUUAUUCAAUUCAUUUAGGUAUUUUAAAUGUUUAUAGCUUGGUGGUUUAAAAAUCUUCAAGGGGUAGCGUCCAAAACACAUUAAAAGCAAAAUGAAAUUAUACAAGAAUCUAGAAAAUAAAAUGAAUUAUAGACAUAUUAAUUAGAGCAUCAGAAAAUUGGGAGUGGGGAGUAAUUGGGACAACCCAAAAUCCCUUUAGAGAAUGGUUGUCUUGGUCUGGGUUUAAAAAGCCAGGAAGUAGCAGGGGGAACUUCCACAUUCAUGCAAGCUAGAAUCAAUUUGUUAGCUUCAAAUCAUCCCUGCUUCUAUGGAAGACUUCAUUUCUUUGUUUCCUAUCCUAAAAGAUACAUCAGACUGGGGCUUAGUGCAAAAUUGUGCUUAUUCUUCAGAGUCGUCAGAGUGAUAGCGAUACCAAGGCUGGACGAAAGAGCAAGGAGAUUGAAGACCUUGUCACUGAGACGGUGAAGGGGAAACCUGAGCUGGUAGGAGAAAGGAGAGCUUCUGAAAGGGAACUAUAAAUUGUCAGUGUUUCUGGGGUCUAAAAGAGCAGGGCUGCAUGGACUUUCCCCCUUCUUUCCCAUCAAUUUUUAGGCUGUAUAAGAGAUGAAUUGUCACACCUCUCACUUCAGGGGUUUCUUAAAUGUUGGUUAUAGUUUCCCUUAUAGGCUAACUGUAAAAUUUCAUUGUCAGAGGCCAAGCAAGUCACAAAAAAGAAGGCACCUGCAGAUAUCUGCCACUGAAAGUUCAGACCCAUCCAAGAAGCUUCUAUCUUUUCACAAGAGAGGUGUAUGGUUGCUGUCCAACCAUUGCAGUCUGUGUUGUAAAUUGGCCACAAAUAGAAUGCGGUGAUGGACAUGCUUUGUCUCUGGCUGUGUUUACAUCACAGGGAGCUCAUUCUUCUCUUUCCCCAGCAAACCACAGCUUCCCAGCAGAUGCUGAACUUCCCUGACAAGAGCAAGGAGAAGCCACCAGACAUGCAAAACUUUGGGCUUCGCACUGACAUGUACACCAAGAAGAAUGCUCCUUCCAAGGUAAAGAGUGGGGAGAGGGUGGGUUUGCUCACAUGUGAGAUAUCUGUUCCCUGGUUGGUGUACAGAGGGCCACCAAGAGACAACGGGUUGCCUCCGCCCACUGCCUAGAUCAUGCAGGGACACAGGACUGGGUAAGAGAGAAACAGCCAGCUCCUCUCCAGUUCUGGCCCAAGACUGAGCCAGAGAGUACAGCUGAAGAACAGAGAGCCCCUCCAAGGCAGGCAUGCCAAAACCUUUCAUUGAGAAAGAGAGGCCUCUAAGGACACGUGAUGGUCAGAUUAUGGGGCUGGAGGCCUCCUAGUGACUGACCAGGGUUGUGUUCUAAUGCAUGGUUUCCCCACAGAGCAAAGCUGCUGCCAGUGCUACUCGUGAGUGGACAGAGCAGGAGACGCUGCUGCUGCUGGAGGUGAGAGGACAGAAAUAUGAUUAACUUCCCACAAAAGUGCCUAAGGCACUUCUUGAGUAUUGCUUCCUCUUCCUGCCCCCAAUUUGUGCUUAGACCACCCACACAUACUGUGAACUGGGACACUGAAUAGAUUUUUGAAAGUUGUAUCUCUGACUCACAAAUACAUAAAAUAUACAACAUUUGUAACAAUAACAGCAAAUUUCUUAUACACCGCCCAUCUGACUGGGUUACCCAGCCACUCUGGGUGGUUUCCAACAAAAUAUAAAGGAAGAAAACACAACAUUAAACAUUAAAAGCUUCCCGAUACAGGCUGCCUUCAAAUGUCUAUGAAAAGUCAUAACAUUUUCUUAUCUCUUUGACAUCUUGCAUUGAGGGAACCACCAGAAGGCCCUUGGAGUUGGAUCUCAGUGUCCGGGCUGAACAAUGGUGGUGGAGAUGUUCCUUCAGGUAUACGGGACUGAAGCCAUUUAGGGCUUUAAAGGUCAACACCAACACUUUGAAUUGUGUGCAGAAAUAUGCAUUUAUUUAGGAACUACACUAAACAUGGGCACUGAAUGUGAGCCUGGCCUCUGAAAAGCUUCAGGCAUGUAGAACAUCUAUUGUGGUGCUGUUGACUGGCUGUUUCUGAUCCUUGCCCUUGACCAUUCAUGUCCAAUGUGUCGUUUCUCUUCACUGCUUUUUAGGCUCUGGAGAUGUACAAGGAUGACUGGAACAAAGUUUCUGAGCACGUUGGCAGCCGCACGCAGGACGAGUGCAUCCUGCAUUUCCUGCGUCUUCCUAUCGAGGACCCUUACCUGGAGGACUCGGAGGCCUCUCUUGGGCCUCUGGCCUAUCAACCCAUUCCCUUCAGCCAGUCGGGCAACCCCGUGAUGAGCACCGUGGCCUUCUUGGCUUCUGUUGUGGACCCUCGUGUGGCAUCCGCAGCAGCCAAGUCAGCCCUUGGUAAUUAACUGGGGCCCUUCAGACUCCCCCCACUGCACCCUUAGGGACGGAAAGGCUAUUAAGUCUGUAAAUGGGUGCAGUUGUAGAACAGGUCUAGGACACCAUAUCGCUGUCCAAGAGACUCCUGGAAAUUCUGUCCAGCCUUGUCAUUUUAGAAUCAUAGAAUCAUAGAGUUGGAAGAGACCACAAGGGCCAUCGAGUCCAACCCCCUGCCAAGCAGGAAACACCAUCAGAGCACUCCUGACAUAUGGUUGUCAAGCCUCUGCUUAAAGACCUCCAAAGAAGGAGACUCCACCACACUCCUUGGCAGCAAAUUCCACUGUCGAACAGCUCUUACUGUCAGGAAGUUCUUCCUAAUGUUUAGGUGGAAUCUUCUUUCUUGUAGUUUGGAUCCAUUGCUCCGUGUCCGCUUCUCUGGAGCAGCAGAAAACAACCUUUCUCCCUCCUCUAUGUGACAUCCUUUUAUAUAUUUGAACAUGGCUAUCAUAUCACCCCUUAACCUCCUCUUCUCCAGGCUAAACAUGCCCAGCUCCUUUAGCCGUUCCUCAUAAGGCAUCGUUUCCAGGCCUUUGACCAUUUUGGUUGCCCUCCUCUGGACACGUUCCAGUAUGUCAGUGUCCUUCUUGAACUGUGGUGCCCAGAACUGGACACAGUACUCCAGGUGAGGUCUGACCAGAGCAGAAUACAGUGGCACUAUUACUUCCCUUGAUCUAGAUGCUAUACUCCUAUUGAUGCAGCCCAGAAUUGCAUUGGCUUUUUAGCUGCCGCGUCACACUGUUGGCUCAUGUCAAGUUUGUGGUCAACCAAGACUCCUAGAUCCUUUUCACAUGUACUGCUCUCAAGCCAGGUGUCCCCAUCUUGUAUUUGUGCCUCUCAUUUUUUUGCCCAAGUGCAAUACUUUACAUUUCUCCCUGUUAAAAUUCAUCUUGUUUGUUUUGGCCCAGUUCUCUAAUCUGUCAAGGUCGUUUUGAAGUGUGAUCCUGUCCUCUGGGGUGUUAGCCACCCCUCCCAGUUUGGUGUCAUCUGCAAAUUUGAUCAGGAUGCCCUUGAGUCCAUCAUCCAAGUCGUUGAUAAAGAUGUUGAAUAAGACCGGGUCCAAGACAGAACCCUGUGGCACCCCAUUAGUCACUCUUCUCCAGGAUGAAGAGGAACCAUUGAUGACCACCCUUUGGGUUCGGUCAGUCAGCCAGUUACAAAUCCACUGAGUGGUAGCAUAGUCAAGACCGCAUUUUACCAGCUUCUUUACAAGACUAUCAUGGGGCACCUUGUCAAAUGCCUUGCUGAAAUCAAGGUAGGCUACAUCCACUGCGUUCCCUUCAUCUACCAGGCUUGUAAUUCUGUCAAAAACGAGAUCAGGUUAGUCUGACAUGACUUAUUUUUCAGAAAUCCAUGCUGACUAUUGGUGAUCACAGCAUUCCUUUCUAGGUGCUCACAGACUGUUUGCUUAAUGAUCUGCUCCAGAAUCUUCCCUGGUAUUGAUGUCAGACGGACUGGGCGGUAAUUAUUUGGGUCCUCUCUUUUCCCCUUUUUGAAAAUAGGGACAACAUUUGCCCUCCUCCAGUCAGCCGGGACUUUGCCUGUUCUCCAGGAAUUCUCAAAGAUGACUGCCAGUGGUUCUGAGAUCACAUCUGCCAGUUCUUUUAAUAUUCUUGGAUGCAGUUCAUCUGGCCCUGGAGACUUGAAUACAUCUAAACUAGCCAAGUAUUCUUGUACUAUCUCCUUAGUUAUUCUGGGCUGUGUUUCCUCUGCUGAAUCAUUUGCUCCAAAUUCUUCAGGUCGGGCAUUGUUUUCUUUAUCGGAGAAGACUGAGGCAAAGAAGGCAUUGAGGAGUUCAGCCCUUUCUGUGUCCCCUGUUUGCAUUUCACCAUCUUCUCCUCUGAGUGACCCCACUGUUUCUUUGUUCUUCCUUUUGCUACGAACAUACCCAUUUUAAGAGUUGAUAGUGCACAUAUGUUAACAAGCUUUUCUCUACAGACUUAAAUACUUUUUUUUUAAAAAGGAAAGCUAUGGAUUUCAGGAUGCCAAAUUCUGGGCCAGCAUCCUGGGAACCAGUAAGGAAAUUUUUGCUGUCAUUUAUGUGAUGCUAAUACCCAGGCUGAACUUGGGUCAGAGACUCACAGAUAAGUCCCCAAACAAGCAUCAUUCUCACGUCCCCUCCCUCACCUUUUGUUGGUCUGAGAUCUCUGAGUUUGCUACUUUCUGAAAGCCUAGCCAAUACUCUGUUCCACAGACUCAUCUUGUAGAGGAAAUGAGGGCACUUUACACGAGUUGGCUCAAGCAUAAUACAGGUAUAUGCUGCAGCGACAGCAUCCAUCGCAGAUGGCCAUCCAACCUCUGCUUAAAAACCUCCAAAGUAGGAGUGUCUACCACCUCUCAUGGGAGUCUGUUCCACUGUCGAACAGCUCUUACUGUCAGAAAGUUCUUCCUGAUCUUUAGUCAGAAUCUCCUUUCUUGUAACUUGAAGUCAUUGGUUCGGGUCCUACCCUCUGGAGCAGGAGAAAGCAAGCUUGCUCCAUCUUCCAUGUGACCCUUUAUAUUUUUGAAGAUGGCAUUCAUACAUGUGAUGUUGGACUCAGGUGCUCCCCAUAAGGUGUGAAAGUCCUGAUAGGUGGAAAGUGCAUCCACUAGCACUCAGAAAGUAGACUGGGAUGUCAUGUAGUGGUUGUUGAAAUGAGAUGCUAAUUGCUGACAGAGCUACUACACCUGAUCAGAUGCAGGUCUUCAGCUCCUGUGUCCCCAGUGGCCUCCCGCCCAGCUCUGUUUCAGCUGCAACUCUUGCCUAUCUCAGCCACUUCCUAGUGGGUAGAAAAGGUGCAAUAGGAUUUCUUGCUGCCCGCAGCACCUGCACUGCAAUGCCCAUUUUGCCCCUCUCCCUGUAUCCUCCCUGCGCGCUCUGUUUGGCCACCCGCUGCUCUUUCAGCUGACCCUGUGGCUCUCUUCUGCAGAGGAGUUCUCCAAGAUGAAGGAGGAGGUCCCCACAGCCUUGGUUGAAGCUCAUGUCCGCAAGGUGGAGGAAGCUGCCAAGGUGACAGGCAAGGCAGACCCGGCAUUUGGUCUGGAGAGCAGCGGAAUUGCAGGGACCACAUCCGAUGAGCUGGAGAGAAUAGGUGAGGGGGGCGAGCGGGGCGCCUUCCGCGCUUCAUCCCGUGAAGCGCCCUCGAUGGACCUCGCCCAGUGUGCGGUGGGGACUAAGAAGGGUGCCGAGACGCAGGAGACCAGAGCCGGCCUGGCUUCCGGCCUGGAGCUCACACUCAAUCGCCUGGCGCAGGGUAAGGGAUUCCCAUCGUCACUCUGUCUAACCCCACCCUACCCCAUCAGACUGGGCAGAUCAUGGGUUGGGCUGUGUGCCUAAAGCUUUCGCCUCCAGAAGGUUACAGGCUGGCUCAGUGAAUGGCUUCUGGGGCCUGCCUUCUUGGGGGAUGCCUGGCCUUAAGCUGGAACUGAUCAGUGAGGGAAGGUGGAGGCUGGCAUUUGGAGUUCUCCCUCUCUAAGGUGCUCCUGUCCAGAACUUGCCUCAGCUCUAAAAUACCAGCAAUCUGAGAAGAGUUUAUUGGGCCUUAGUCUCGUGGGUCCCUCAGCUGUCAUUCCUUGUAAAGAUGCUUGAGACAGGUUCUCCCCCAUUCAGAUUCCCACUCCCAUUCAUUCUUCCAAUUUCCCCCCCUUUAGUGGUUGGGAGGGAGCGUUACUUGCAGCCUUUAAUAUUGGUAUCUUUCUUCCUUGUCUGUUUCUCCAUUCCUUGCUCAGAAGAGGGCUGCACAGAUGAGAACCGGGCAGAACCUCCGUCGUCGGAAGAGAAGAAAGAGGUGAAGGUGCGGGAGGGCAUGGAUGAGCCCCCAUACAUGUUCCGCAAAAAAUGAGUCUCCAGAAUUUCCUGCAUGGGGCAUACGUAGGUAGGAGAGGGAGGAAACUGAGGAGAUGCCUCAUAGGAUCCCCACAGGAUGUUUGCAGCACCAGCUUGCAACUUUUCUAACUAAAGUAAGGCACCAUGUUACCCUGCUAGCAACUAACUGUCCCUCAGAGUCCUUCACUUCAUUAAUCUUCUGAUCGCAAUAUAUAUCAUGGUCUACUUUCCUGGCCACUAGAAUAAUAACUGUAGAUCCCCUGCUCCAGUUCUGAGACUUUUCCAAUUGUGCCUUCUAUAUUGUGUGUGCCUGAGCCCCAUGGAACAGCUAGGGGAAGGAUUAAGAGGCAUUAGGCAGCUGUUGGAAUCAAGCCCUUCUCUCAAUGCAGGAACCAAGAGAAGGCGCCCUGGAGGAGGAAGGGAAGGAGAAACUUGGAGAGGUGCCCAGGAAAGAGGAAGAGAAAAGCAAAGAGGCUGACGGCGAGAAGGAGAUGGACAAGAGUGACGGGGACACCGUGGGUGAGCACCACCUUCUGGGUAAUGGCAAAGCUCAUAAAGUAGCGAGUGAACUAGGAGCCUGAACGGAGCUGGGAUGCUGUGGUCACAUGCUCUGAAGCAGGGGCUCCCUCCGGAUGUUGCUUAACUACAUCCCAUCAGUAACGAGUGAGCAUGCUGGCUGGGACUGAUAGAAGUUGGAGUCUAGCAAACAUCUGGAGGGCUACAGUUUACCCAACCCUGUUCUAAAGUCUCAGCCAGAGGUACUGUUAACUUAAAUGCAGUACAGUAUGCCACUUGCCUCCUAGAGGCAUAAGAACCUAAUGGGGAUGGGACAGCUCUGCCAUUGGAAAAUCGAAAAGCUUGUGGUUAGUAGUGUUGGUGGGCGUGAAGAGUGUUGGGACGGAAGGUGAGUUAACAGAGCAGUAAAGUAAACAUUCCAAGCACAAUUCAAAGUGUUGGUGUUGAUCUUUAAGCCCUAAACAGCUUCGGUCAUGUAUACCUGAAGGAGCGUCUCCACCCCCAUCGUUAAGCCUGGACACUGAGGUCCACCUCCAAGGGGCUUCUGGUGGUUCCCUCACUGCAAGAAGUGAAGCUACAGGGAGCCAGGCAGAGGGCUUUCCCUGUAGUCGCACCUGCCCUGUAGAAGAGUUGAACAAUCAUAUGACUUUUUGUAGACGUCUGAAGGCAGCCCUGUUUCGGGAAGCUUUUAAUGUCUGAUGUAUUGUGUGUUUUAUAUUUUGUUGGAAGCUGACCAAAGUGGCUAGGGCACAACAAAUUUCUCUUCUUUUGAUGAUGAUGAUGAUGAUUACUACUACUACUACAGCAACUAGUACCACAAAGAAAACAUCCACUCAUGAAUUUCUUGCUGUCCUUCCUUCCUUCUUUCCUUCUCUUCCUCCCUUCUUCCUUCCCUCCCUCCCAUCCCACCUGUGCCUGAUCAGCAUGAAAAAAUGUGCGGUGAUAAACUCUGGGCACUGAGGGAUAUUCCACCUCUUUCUAAGCAGUAGUAGCCCAGGAGAUCACACACACACUUGCCCAUCAUUUGUUUUUCUCCUCCUCAGCUGACGGGGAAAAGGAAAAAGAACCCAAGGAUGGCAGUGAAGAAGGGCCCAAGGAUCUGGCGGAGGCCGAGGCGGAGCGGAAGACCAAAGUGGAGAGGGACAUAGGCGAGGGCAAUCUUUCCACAGCGGCGGCGGCAGCUUUGGCGGCGGCAGCAGUGAAGGCGAAGGUCAGUGGCCGCAGGAUUGGCUGGCUUCUCCAUAGGCCAGAUGGACGUGUGGGGUUGCCCUUCGGACUGACCUUCUAGGAAGCAAAUUGCUUUUAUAUAGUCAUGCAGUUGCUAGGCUGCAACCCCAUGGUAAAAACAUAAAGUGGGUUACAAAUUUUAUAAAUGCCAUGAAUCUAAACAGCAGGCAGAAGCUGAAAAGUCAAUACAACGGAUACAGUGAGGUCCCUAGUUGAGAUCACACCUCAGCCGUAAGUUUCCUUGAUCUCUUUAGGAAAGCUACAGAAUCUCUUGGCUUCCAUCCUUCCUCUGGAAUAUGAGGGAAAUAGUUGCACUGCUAUUGUUUGGAUUAUUGGCAUAUUGUAUGUGACAUGUUUUAGGCAGCCAACAAGUUAGCAGGGCCAGUAAGUUGGUCAUGUUGCCAUGCAUUCAGGCACUCUGUUUUUGCUGUCUCACUUGGGUGACUCAUGGGUUGGAAUUCUGAACCUAGCUUCUAAUCUACCAAUCUCUCAGUCCUGCUUUAGGCAUUAAGGCUUAAGGUGUGGGUAACUUCUGAAGAUGUAGAAAGUGGGGCAGGGCAAUCCUCCUCUGCUGGGAAGUUUUGGUCCCUGGAUUUUUCAUAGAGUUCUGUAGGGCAUGCUGCCUCCAGAGCUGUGAUCCACCCUCUCUUUUCUUUCUCUGCAGCACUUGGCAGCCGUGGAAGAGCGUAAGAUCAAGUCUCUGGUUGCCUUGCUGGUGGAGACACAGAUGAAGAAGCUUGAGAUCAAGCUAAGGCACUUCGAGGAGCUGGAGACCAUCAUGGACCGGGAGCGCGAGGCAGUGAGUACACUUCUGCCCUCUUGACGCCAGCACUGCUUACACUGCCCAAAGCAGGUUGAGCCCAAAGCAGGUUGAGCACUGCUUACGCUGCCCAAAGCAGGUUGAAUCUCUUUAGUUAAGCAAUCCAAUCUGGCAUGCCCAGAUUUGAGUUUAUUCCUGGUAAGUCCCCUUUUGUUCCCUCUUAAAAAGAAAUAAAGACACAACAGUCUUCCUUAAACAGCAACAAGAAGUUUACUUACAUUCAGUUCACAGUAUGAUCCCUGAAGGCAGGCUUUAGCUUGUAAUUACAGUUACAGAAUGUGGCUUACAUCCUUUGUGAGGAUGGGCCCUUAUGCUGCUGGCUGAGAGCCAGCAGGGCAGUCCAAGAGAAGAAAGAGUCAAGAAAGUCCAAAAGAGAAAGAUGGCUGUGUGAUUGGACCUCUUGUGGGGUCUGCAAGGGUCACGCCCACCUACCUGGUCACAUGCAGGGGGAAGAUGCUCCAGACCAGGUGGAACAGGAAGUUCAACUGGCUGGAUCAACAUCUCCCUGUCUGCGUCCACUCUAGGCAAACAAAGAAUGUUGUAUUUGACUGCUAUAAGGAUUACAUCCCACAGUUGACAGCCACAAUUCUUCUUACUUGCAGCCAGGCAGUGGUCCGUAUGGGAAGCCCAGAGAAUGCUCUGAAGGCACAUGCUGCAGUUACAUGCUGGAGCUAAGUAGAUUUGGCUCCAGCGGAUGCCUGGGAACAUUAGACUCCGUGUGUAACAAAGCCUGUGCAGCGGAGUAAGAAUUUGUGGCCACGUUAGGAGAAGAAAAGAAACCAAGGGAAGGGAGAGCACUGCAUGAGGGGGUUUGGAAUAGAGAACUUGCCCAGCGUAACCUGUCCCUGAUCUCUCUGUAGCUAGAGUACCAGAGGCAGCAGCUCCUGGCGGACCGACAGGCCUUCCACAUGGAGCAGCUCAAGUAUGCUGAGAUGCGCGCUCGCCAGCAACAUUUCCAGCAGAUGCACCAACAGCAACAGCAGCAGCCACCGCCACCACCUCUCUCUGUGGGCACACAGCCUCUUCCUCCUUCAGGGGCUCCUCUGGCACCAGCUGCACACUCCAUGCCCAUCGCCCAGGCUUCUGUGCCGGCCACCAGCACCGUAGGGCAGCCCAGCAGUUUGGCUCCAGCAGAACAGAUUGGGCAGCCAGUGGCUGCUCAGCCACAGCCCGCAGCCGCUGGAGCUCCACAGACAGGCCCAGGUCAGACUGGACAGCCGUCUGCAGGUUCUCAUGGUAAGUGGGACCAGCUUUUCGUUUGAUCCACCAAGGGCAGAACGAAACUGUGCUCUGCAAGGGCACACAAGCUUCAUCUCUCACAUUGCAAAUAUCAGGGCUAGGAAGGGUGUGCUAAGGCUUUGCAGAGCUUCUGCAGUCAGAGCAGAAAGGCUACAGGCCUGGCUUCUUUGAGGUCAGCUCCAGAGCUGAAGGGACCUGUUCCCUUGGCAAAACCAAAGGGAUGCUAGAUUCCUUACAGUUCAGAAGCUUGUAGCUCCAUUUGUAACAAAAACUUUAAAAAAGAAAAUCAGUUCCUAAUUAUGUUCUGAAUAAAGUGUAUUCUGUGGUAAACCAAUUCAUACUUAAUGCACUUUAUGUUCCUAAAGUAACAAAGUCGCUUUCAGUAUCUAAAGAGUACUUUUUAAAAACUGGGGAAAGCUCAGGCUUUUUUCAUGGCUUCAGAACUUUUGGAAAACUGACAUCUCUACUCAUGAUCUAAUGGAACCAGCUGCUUACAGAGCCUUUGGAGAGUCUGCACUGGCAUUGCUGGGAGUGUUUUAGAUAUUUACAACAACCCCAAAAUGAAUGCUUUCAGCUGAAAGGAUGCUUUCAACUUGUAAUUUGUGGUAGAUACAGUGUGAUUUUAUAAUGUUUCAUGUUGCACUGUGAUUUUAAUUUAUGUAAGCAACCUUACAGAAUACCAGUGUUGUUAGAAAGGUGGGGUAUACAUUUUUAUAUGAAUAAAAUACAUAGGAUUCUUGUUUUCACGUGGUCCUGCUGAAUGUGUGGGUGUCAAGGGGUGGGGUCACUGGGAAUAAUGCUGCUUCCCCAUUUCAUGUUAAGUGUACACAUGGGGGGGUUGUAUGAAAAGGCUUUAGAGAUUGUACAACCCAGUAAAUUGUGUGGUUGUGCUUCAGAGGGCAGGGAAGAAAGGCUUAGAUCUGGAAGAUGUGGGUUGAAGAUGAGAUUGUCAUGGUUUUGAGGAACUCAAGUGUCUUUUAUUCUGUGUGCGAAACAAGAUUAAUGCCAGCCUACGCACCUCACAGGAGAUUAUGGGAACUACCGGUAAUAUGAAAGAGUAAACUUCAGUUCAUAUGCUACUGCAGUGGCAUUCGGGCCCAGUUCCCUGUGGUCUGAUCCUAAGCUACCGCAACUAACCUUUGCAUGAGAAAGUCAUUUGUAGAGUGCAAAUGUUACUGGAGCAACAUACAUACAACCAGACCACAGGUUCUUGUUGGGCUCUAAUCUGUGAAAUAAGCCAAAGCUGCACAUUCACAAGUGUCAUAAAAAUGUGGAAGCAGCAAUCAUAACGUAUCAGCCUUGCUUAUAAAGCUGGACAUUUUAUUUAUUGGACAACACUUCCACAUUUUUAUGGGGUACACUAUUUCUGGUUCUGGUUCCAAAUCAUCCCAAUAAAUGUUCAUAAAAAUUAUAUAUUCCAGCAUCAAGUCAGUCUCCUGGGUGGGUGAUUGCUACACAUUUGGCUUUGAAGAAUAUUUUUUGUGUGCCCAGUUUGGUAUAUAGGCUGGGUCAAAGGUGAAUGGUGUGCAUUUUCUGACCAUGCAUGCUUAGGAGUCCAGUGCAAUGGGAUCUUUAAACCCUGUUGGAUGCAAAUGGGUCAUGUUAAGUCAUUGCUUGCCUGCUUAACUGUCACACUUAAUUAGUUCUCUCUGUGUCUCUCUCCCUCUGAAGCCCAGCCUCCGUUCCCCAGCCAGCAGCCAUCCUCCCAGAUUCUCCCUGGGGCAGUCCCAGCAACCGUUCACCCUGCCAUGGCUGGUAAUAUCCCCUCGGCUCUGCCUUUCGGAAUGCCUGCCUCCAUCCCAUUUAGCAUGGCUAGUAACGUAACAGACUCCAUCGGCAUUAACUUCCCUGCUAACACGCCCAUCCAUCCAGUGCAUGGUAACCUUGCGUGCAGCAUGGCUAAUCCGCCCAUCGUCAACAUCGCUAGCACCCUGCACCCUCCUGCCACCCCACUGCCUCGCGGUUCCGCAGCUGCCCAGAGCCCCGCUAUCGUGGCAGCCAUGCAGGGCAGCCUCCUUUCAAAUGCUGGUGUUGGAUCAGGUGAGAAUUGACCCAGAGAUCAUGGCGGGAUGGGAGAGGGGGAGAGGAUUUCACAUACAGAAAUGCGCAAGGCGCUGUGCAAGGUCAUUGGGCUCAGGGCUGCUUCGUUUGACUUUGCGGAAGCUUCCCCACCUGCAUUCCUGUGGCAAAAUACAUGCAUUACAAUUCACAAGUAAAUAUGGGUGUGUGUGUGUGUGUGUGUGUGUGUGUGUGUGUGUGACAGAGUGGGGAACCUGUGGCCCACCAGGUGCUGUUGGACUCCAACUCCCAUCAGCCCCGUCCAGGAGGGCCACUUAUUAGGAGCAUCUUGAGGGCCACAGCUUCCCUUUCCCAGGCAGGAACUUGGACGUUGCUGAGUCCCUUUUAAGCCAAGAUUCUACAAAGGAGGAAGUUUUUUCUCUUCCCCCUCCCUGCCUUACACAGAAAUUAUGCCCAUGUUUGGAAAGUGUCCUGUGUGAAGUGGCCAUAAGGCUGUGCAAAUGUGUUAGGAGUGUCCUGGAGUUGAAUAAAUCAGCCUGAAGUCAAGACACGUAUGCAUCCAAUCAACUUCACCACUUUGCCCUCCGAAUGUCUUGCACAUGGGGAGAAAAAAGAAAGCUAUUCCUUAGAAAAGGAGUUCACAGUUUAUGCAGUUACAUGUUUGGUAUAUAGGCUGGGUCAAAGGUGAAUGGUGUGCAUUUUCUGACCUUGCAUGCUUAGGAGUCCAGUGCAGUGGGAUCUUUAAACCCCAUUGGACGCAAUAUGCAGUUACAGUGGUGCCCCGCAAGACGAAUGCCUCGCAAGACGGAAAAACCGCUAGACGAAAGGGUUUUCCGUUUUGAAGUUGCUUCGCAGGACGAAUUCCCCUAUGGGCUUGCUUCGCAAGACGAAAAUACCUUGCGAGUCUUGAGAUUUUUUUCGCUUUUCCCCCUUUAUCUAAUCUGCUAAGCCUUUAAUAGCCUUUAAUAGCCUUUUAGCAGCUAAUCCCCUAAGCCUUUAAGCCUUUAAUAGCCGCUAAACAGCUGAUAGCGCUAAUAGCGCUAAUCCGUCAAUGGGCUUGCUUCGCAAGACGAAAAAACCGCUAGACGAAGACUCUUGCGGAACGGAUUAAUUUCGUCUUGCGAGGCACCACUGUACAUUCUACAUGUGACCAUAUUUAUGAACCUUUUGCUUUUCAAAGCUCACUGUUACCCAGAGGCAGAAUUUUGCCUUAUACUUCAUUAGUAUCCAGGCAUGGAUUCUUUCUUUCUCUUUCUGCAUCAGGGGCAGAUGUGCAAACUAUGCAUAUCUUUAUAUAUUCACUUAGACAUCUUGUUUUAAUAGUGACAGUUGAGAUUUAUAGUAGAAUUGCAUCAUCUUAUACCUAUGCAUCUCUGUCUUGUUUGAGUUUGGAAGAUGGCUUUUCCAUCUAGGAUUAAAUGUGUCCCCCACCCCCACCCCACCCCAAAAAAAGCAUUAGGGGAAAUAGCAUGCAAUGAGCUAGUGCUUGAAACCGCAUCUCGUAUGUAUGGUUUGGCAUGGCUUGCUUGUUUUGAGCCAUCUUGAUUUAUUGAAUUAUUUUCACUAGAGUCAUAGAUAACCAUGUCAUCAGUUUUGUUGUUUCUUGCAUUCCAUUUGCAUUCUGUUGUAAACAGGAAUGAGACCUAGGUUCUCCCUCUGGGCAGCAGUAGAUUACCGUAUGCUUUAAUGACAAAGCCAUAACCUUCUCAUAUCUGUUAUGGGAUGCGACAGUAAGCAGUGUUGCUAACCACUUUCUUCUCUAAACUUGACGCAAAGGAAACUGACAGCACAUCCAGCAAUUCAUUUGCUACCUCCUCACCUGUUUUCUCUUUCAGGAUCUAAAGUAUUUCUAACAAAUUGUACUGUAGUGAUGCUCUUCAGAAUCAGAAGGAAAUGCUCCCAAAUUGGCAAGGGAUCUAAACUUUUCUGAAAUUGAUUUGAUAGGCAUUAGAGGGGGCAGUGCACUCACCUACUGCCUUCCUACUACGGGGUCUGGGGUACUGAAAUAUCAGGUGAUUCUGCAAUCUGAUAGGGCGUCAGGCAAAAGAGACUGCAUGGCAGUAGGAAUAGGGAGGCUGAGCCUUAUAAGUCUUUCCAGUGCAAUGGAUAUUGAUGUUCAAAUUUCCCUCCAUUAGGGUUUUGAAGUAAAUAAAUGACACCAGAACACUCAUUUUUAUCACACAAAAAGUGGCAGCAAGGUAAUGCUUGUAUUUGCAGCACUGCCAGCUUCCCUUAACAUCUCACUUCUCUCCCCUUUCAACCCAGAUCAAGGGCCUUCACUUCAGCCGGAUCCCAUUGCUCCCAGUCCCAGCACGGCCACACCAGUCCCACCCACACAGUGAGAAGCUACAAGCGGCGCUUCUUGGCGCUUCCUCGGUGAGCCCUGAUCACUUGGAAGGACAGGAAAACCCUAAAUCGUGUUAAACAUGGAUUCUAUUUGGAUGGGUUUUAAAAAGGCUUCGAAACAGUGAUCCAAGGAGGAAGAGGAUUUGGCUGUGUUGACUCCCUUCCCCUGUGUGUCUCUGCCCCACCUCAUGUCCCCAAUGCUUUUUUUGUAUCCAGUUGUACCAAGACUUUAUUUAAAGGUGUUUCUAAUUGCUGGGGUGGGGGUGGCGGCAGGGAGAAGAAAUUAUCUCCAAACAGCCACUGCUAUUUAUAGAGGGCUUUGAUUUUAAACAUGGUUGAAAAGGGAGUUUAACUCCCCCUUGUAUGUGUCUGUCUCGCUUUUUUUUAAACAAUAAAAAAAAUUAACAGAAA